CAGGGACAGGGACUCAUGUCAUGGCCUACGCUAAUUGCUCCUUCUUGCCCCGCUUGGGUUCUCAACCUAACCGGAGCCCAAAGUUUUGUUUGUCGGAGGAGCAACAAACGCUCAAACUAUGUUAUGAAUUCAUGACACCUUCUACUGCUUUUCUCCCCCACCACCUUCGCCGGAAAAUGCUAGUCGCCGUCGCCGCCGCCGCUCACAUCGCCGUUCAGUGACCGUCUCCGCCAUGUCAAGGUUCUUGGCAAUUGAAAAUAUUAAAAGAGUUGCACAAUCCAUUCAAAGAAACCAGUGUGCUGUCUAUUCACAAGGAGUGAAAUAUGGAUGGUUUACUAGGAUUGGAAUAUGUUCUCCCCGAUAUUCGUAUCAUGUGCAAUAUAUAUCUCCAACUAGAGGACAUGUUUCAUUCACAAUGUAUAGAAUACAGAAGAAUUUCUACUUCUACAGUAGUCAUUCUGCCAUUCCAACCAGAAAUACAAUUGCACAACAUGCCCAUCUUGUUUGGGCAAGGCUCUCACAAAGGGUUAUAUAUAGAGGACAAACUUUUCUUGCUAUAAACAGAAUUGCUCAAGCGGUUAGUUUGGCUUUGAACCGCUCUUAUGUAGUUGUUCCUGGUCUAUUUGCCUUAACAUGUGGAAGAAAUGUAGCACUGGCACAAGCUCCGCAAGGAAAAGAUUUUGUUAACCGAAAUGAUACAUUAUAUAUGCGAGCUCAAGAUGGGCAUGCUCUCUUUAGCUUGGCAUUAGAGUCCAUGGUUGAUGGUGUUGCUCUGCUGUUAAGAGCCUUUUAUUUGGCAAUUCUAUUUUUCCCGAGCAUAGUAAUGGCUCCCUUUGCAGAUGUCCUUGGACCUCAUUAUAGGAGAAUCUGGCUUCAGGUUGUUCACAAAACACUUGAAAUGGCAGGGCCUGCAUUUAUUAAAUGGGGCCAGUGGGCUGCUACACGACCAGAUCUCUUCCCUCGAGAUUUAUGCACUGAACUAUCAAAGCUCCAUACAAAAGCUCCUGAACAUAGCUUUGCCUAUACAAAAAAGACAAUUGAAAGAGCUUUUGGCCGCAAAAUUUCUGAAAUCUUUGAUGACUUUGAGGAGAAGCCUGUAGCAUCUGGAAGUAUUGCUCAAGUUCAUCGAGCUUCCUUGCCAAACCGCUAUGGUGGCAAGGAGACCAAGCCGAUAGUUGUUGCAGUGAAGGUUAGACAUCCUGGAGUCGGUGAAUCCAUAAAAAGAGAUUUCGAGAUAAUCAACUUAGUUGCAAAGACAUCAGCAUUUUUUCCUGCACUUAAGUGGUUAAGAUUGGAUGAAAGCGUCCAGCAGUUUGCUGUUUUUAUGAUGUCCCAAGUGGACCUUGCAAGGGAAGCUGCCCAUUUAAGCCGUUUCAUUUAUAAUUUUAGAAGAUGGAAGGAUGUUUCUUUUCCAAAGCCUGUUUAUCCACUAGUACACCCAUCAGUAUUGGUGGAAACUUUUGAGCAAGGGGAAAGUGUCUCACACUAUGUUGAUGAUCUCGAGGGGCAUGAAUGGCUUAAAAGCUCACUUGCUCAUAUUGGCACUCAUGCACUUCUCAAGAUGCUUCUGGUGGACAAUUUCAUCCAUGCUGACAUGCAUCCUGGAAACAUCCUUGUUCGGGUAGCCCCGAGCAAGUCUUCAUGGAAAUGCAUCUUCAAAUCAAAGCCUCAUGUUAUUUUCCUUGAUGUAGGCAUGACUGCAGAGCUUUCUCAUAGUGAUCAGAUGAACCUACUGGACUUAUUUAAGGCUGUAGCUUGUCGAGAUGGCCGCACUGCAGCAGAGUGCACUUUGAGGUUAUCAAAGAAACAGAACUGCCCUAACCCAGAGGCCUUUAUUCAGGAAGUGAAAGAGUCUUUUGAUUUCUGGGGAAGUCCAGAAGGCGACUCAGUCCAUCCUGCUGAGUGCAUGGUGCAACUGCUGGAGCAAAUCAGGCGGCACAGAGUGAACAUUGAUGGGAAUGCCACAACUGUGAUGGUCACAACUUUAGUCUUGGAGGGUUGGCAGCGGAAGCUCGAUCCAGAUUAUGAUAUAAUGCAGACGUUGCAGACAGUGGUGUUGAAGGCAGACUGGGCAAAGUCACUUUCUUACACAAUUGAAGGACUCAUGGCACCUUAAGAAUCUUGUUAGAUGGACCAAGGUGGUGUUUGGUUGGGGACUUUUGCACUCUACUAUGGGUUAUGAUAUUCAUUAAAAUGUUUGUUUGUUUACUUUUGUUAUCUUACUAUUGGAUUCAAAUCUUUUAGUAAUUACAAAAAUCAAUUAUUGUUUCA